AUAAAUAUUUUUCAGAACGCCGACGCCACCCAAAAAAAAAAAAAAAAAAAAGACGACCGAGCUUUUUUAAACUCGUAUUUGCUCAAGACUUUUCAUUUGGUCGCACACCAGACCAUACCAGCGUCAUCUCCCCCUCUCUAUUCGAUUCAGCUUCUCUGAACUCUGUGAUUGAGAGGGAGAGAGAAUGUCAGGUGGAGGCACACAGAAUAGCUUGAGGAAAGCAUUGGGAGCUAUCAAGGAUACAACUACUGUUUCAUUGGCUAAAGUCAAUAGCGAUUAUAAGGAAUUGGACAUUGCCAUAGUGAAGGCAACUAAUCAUGUUGAACGCCCUGCGAAGGAGAAACACAUUAGAGCUAUUUUUUCUGCCAUUUCAGCUACAAGGCCUCGUGCUGAUGUUGCAUAUAGCAUCCAUGCUCUUGCAAGACGGUUAUCAAGGACCCAUAAUUGGGCAGUUGCAUUGAAAACUUUAAUUAUUAUUCAUCGUGCUUUGAGGGAAGUGGACCCUACAUUUCAUGAAGAACUCAUAAAUUAUGGAAGAAGCCGUUGCCACAUGCUUAACAUGGCUCAUUUCAAAGAUGAUUCAAGUCCAAAUGCAUGGGAUUAUUCUUCCUGGGUCCGUACCUAUGCCUUAUUUUUGGAGGAGAGGCUGGAGUGUUUUCGUGUUUUGAAAUAUGACGUUGAGAUGGAUCGUCCUAGAACCAAAGAUUUGGAUACUGGUGAACUGCUUGAACACUUACCAGCUUUGCAACAACUUCUUUUCCGUUGUCUUGGUUGUAUGUAUGCUUCCGUUGUACUUAUUUCAGCUGAACAGCCAACUUCUACUGCUCCAGCUCAAACAAAUGGAACUACAGGUUGGGAAUUGGCACUUGUUACCGCACCGAGCUCGAAUGAGAGUGCCACUGCUGCUAGCAAACUGGCGGGAGGUUUAGACAAGCUUACGCUAGACAGCCUGUAUGAUGAUGCAAUCAGAAGAAACAACCAGAAUGUGAGCUACAACCCAUGGGAACCAGUCCCGGUUGCAGGUUCCAUGGUACAGCAACCACUGCACGACCCUUUUUUCGCCUCCAAUGCAGUUGCUGCUCCUCCUUCCGUGCAGAUGGCAGCACUGGCCAAUCAGCAACAAGCUUUCAUGUUGCAACAGCAGCACCAAAUGAUGAUGGUGGGCCCACCACAGCAGUCCGCGAAUCCGUUUGGCAAUCCAUACGGUGCAACCGUCCACCCCUACGGUCCCGGUAUGCCUGUCCAAACGUACAAUCCUUAUAAUACAGGCCUCAUGUAGAUGCCCCAGAAACAAAUACAUUCUGCUUCCGAGAACACGAGGAAAACGUGGGACUGGAAUUGAAUCCGCAAUGCUUUGGAAGAUUAGAAAGUUCAUGUACAAUAUGUUGUGAAUGUGCAGUAGUUAGGUAGAAGAAGAUUCUUUCUUUAAUAAUUAGUGGGAGGAAAAGAGAGUGG